AUGCACAAGAAAGAGAGGGAGAGCACGGCGAAUGAUGGGUGGCAUGGUGGGAGUGCCGAGAACGUGGCUGCCCAUCUCGAUGAGAGUGUCGAGACGGUCGCCAUUUUGGAGAAGAGAAAGCCCCUCGCCCCCCACCUCCCCCCCGCUCCCCCCACCGACCUCGCCCGCGCCGCCACCGCCGCCGCCCACUCCGCCUCCCGCAACGCCUCCUCCACCGUCCGCAGCCUCCCCCUCCCCGCCAACCCGCGCGGCUGCGCCGCCCUCAGCGACUGCACCUCCCUCCUCUCCAACGCCGCCGGCCAGCUGGCCCGCACCGAGGCCGAGCUCCGCCGCCUCCGCCCAGGCACGCUCCGCUGGCAGCUGGACAACGCCCAGACCUGGGCCAGCGCCGCCAUGACCUGCCAGGACACGUGUCUCGACUCCUUUCGUGGGCUUGCGGGGCCCACCCGGGAUGCCGUCGCCGGCCAGGUGGUCCAAGUCUCCCAGCUGACCAGCAACGCUCUUUACCUCAUUGCUCGCCUAGCCUCCGCCCAGGGCCGGGGCCGUUGACAUGUAUACUUUGACCGGCGUCCAGAAUCUAGCUGCCGAGAUGCCUACUGUGUUAUGUUGUUAAAAAUGUAAUGGGAAACCUUGUGGUGUGGGGGGGCAUAACUAUCGUAAGUGGGUUUUCCUUUUUUUUUUUCCCUUAUAAAAAGUUGUAAGAUAUUGCUGUGUGGAACGUCUGAAUCCUGGUGAAAGUAAAGCUUCAGUGAGUGCUUCUGUA